AUGCUUCGAAGUUACGCGAAGGGUAUCUUCUGUAGCCCUAAGAAUUCAGGAGCUAGGGUUUUCGAUCGAAACUUCACUACAGCCGCGUCUGAAUCCAAUCUGAUCCGAGCCACACUCUUCCCUGGCGAUGGUAUAGGUCCCGAAAUCGCCAAUUCCGUCAAACAGAUAUUUAGCUCUGCUGAUGUGCCCAUUGAAUGGGAAGAACACUAUGUCGGGCAGGAGAUAGAUCCUCGAACCCAGAGUUUUCUCACAUGGGAAAGUCUAGAAUCUGUUCGAAAAAACAAGGUUGGCUUAAAAGGACCAAUGGCCACCCCAAUUGGAAAAGGUCACCGCUCGUUAAACCUUACUUUGAGGAAAGAGCUAAAUCUGUAUGCCAAUGUUAGACCUUGCUACAGUCUGCCUGGAUACAAGACUAGGUAUGAUGAUGUUAACCUCAUCACCAUCCGCGAAAAUACAGAAGGAGAGUACAGUGGUCUUGAACAUCAAGUGGUGAGGGGUGUUGUCGAAAGCCUCAAGAUCAUUACUCGUCAGGCAAGUUUGAGGGUGGCUGAGUAUGCUUUUCACUAUGCUAAGACACAUGGAAGAGAUAGAGUGUCAGCAAUACACAAAGCUAACAUCAUGCAGAAAACCGAUGGUCUUUUUCUUAAGUGUUGUCGUGAGGUUGCAGAGAAGUACCCUGAGAUCAAAUAUGAGGAAGUUGUCAUUGACAAUUGUUGUAUGAUGCUUGUGAAGAAUCCAGCGCUCUUUGAUGUAUUGGUGAUGCCUAACCUUUAUGGUGAUAUUAUCAGUGACCUUUGUGCUGGAUUAAUUGGGGGACUGGGAUUAACGCCAAGCUGCAAUAUUGGUGAGGGAGAUAUUGCUCUUGCUGAGGCUGUACAUGGCUCAGCACCUGAUAUUGCUGGAAAGAAUAUGGCAAACCCCACUGCUUUGCUUUUGAGUGCUGUCACAAUGCUGCACCAUCUGGAGCUUCAUGAUAAAGCCGAUAGGAUUCAGGAUGCUAUCCUCAAGACAAUUGCAGAAGGGAAGUACCGAACUGCUGACCUUGGAGGCACUUCAUCAACUACCGAUUUUACAAAGGCAAUUUGUGAUCAUCUCUAA